CUAAGAAGAAGAAGAAGAAGAAGAAGAUGAUGAUGAUGAUGGAGGAACAGUAACCUAGAGCUCCGCUUCAUAACCAACUUUGUUUCCUUCUUUAAAGUUGCUCCUUGAUGAUGUGGAAAAAAGGGUCCAACUUUUAGAGUUGAUCACAGAGAAAGAUGGCACGCUCUAGAUAUGAUGCAUUGGCCACCAUGGCUGUAAAGAGAUUGAACCAGCUUAUGGAGGACAUGGGACAUGCGACCACUGACUUUAGGGUACUCAUCCCUGAUUCAACCUCUCAACAAUUUGUCUUAGGUCCAGCACUCAAAUCUGAACAUAGCUUCCCUGACAUUUAUAGUGAAUUUCCCAAGGGAAAAACUGAAGGUUUUCUUAUACAUAGUAAAAUUGCCAAGUUCUAUGAAUGGUUUCACACUAAGCAUCGUUUUUGGCCUGGCAAUGAUCCUGAUUGGGUCUCUUGGUUUGAAAGAGUUCAAGCUCAAAAGAGUUACGUUUGGCAUCAAGCUGGGAUCUAUGACAUCCUCCAAUUCUCUCAGUUUACCAUUCCUCUAAAUCGUUCUUUGGUACUGGCUGCACUUUGCUUUUGGUCAACUUCCACCAACUCUUUUCAUUUUGGUCAUGGUCCUCUUACUAUUACUCUCUUGGAUCUUAGUGCUCUGGUAGGACUUAGACCAUGUGGUGCCCCAUUUGAUGUUGUUGUUGCUGAUUCCAUCCCCAUCCCGGAUGAUAUUUGUGGCAUUCAAAUCACCCAAUCUCCCAAUUUUCCUUCAUUUAUUAGGGAACAUAACAAGAUUGAAGGAGCUGUGACAGAUGAAGAGCAUGUAGCAUUUCUUCACUAUUGGCUUUGUCGUUACCUUCUCUGUUCUCCAUCAUUCAAGAUCAUCAAAGCCAAUUUGCCUUUGGCUGUGGCUUUGUCUAGGGGUGAGUCCUAUGCUUUAGGACCCGUUGUUCUUGCAUACUUGUAUAGAGGCAUCAAUGACUUGCUGCAUUCUCAAUUAAAUACAACGGGUGGACCGUUAUGGAUUCUUCAACUUUGGCUUCAUGCAUACUUUCCCGAAAUGCGUCCAGAUUGCUUUGCCAUUCCUAACCUCUCCUGUCAUGGACUAAAGUAUGUUUCUUUCAAAGAGCCUAAACUUUCAUUUCACGAUUGUCUAUUGUUUAUGUACCACUUAGACAGAGAAGAGAAUUUCAACUUCAACCCGUAUUCAAAGUUAGAUGCUUUACCUCCAUGGUUAAUAUUUCCUUGGUCUGAAAUGUCUGAAACUGAAUUUUCUAAACUCAAGGACAUGUGGGCUAGCUUUCUUGUUAGUCGUGAUCUUCCUGUAGGUAUUUCUCUUCCAAAAUUUGGACACAAGACGUUUGGUUUUGAAGUGUAUUGCCCAAAUCUUUGUGCACGCCAGUUUGGCCUGAUUCAAGGCAUUCCUACUCCCCCGUUCUUUUCUCUUAGUACCCAUUUCCUGGAAAAGAUAAGUGUUGGGGGUUUUGAAGAACAACUCCAGUUACUUAAAGUUACCACAGCUCAGUUGUUAACAAAACUUGAACUUUCAUCAUAUUCACCACUACCUAGUACCAGCUCAUCCUUCAAAACUUGGUGGACCAAAUACUAUAAGCAGGUCUUCCCUCAUGAUUUGCACUAUCUUGUAAAGCUUGAUGACUUGACACGAAACAGAACGCCUCGCCAAGAGCCUGCAGAGAAAGCAAUAAGGAAUGCUUUUAGGAAGCGCAAAGUGGAAAUCCCCAUUCAAGACUCCAGUUCUCACCAACAGCGAGUACCAGAGCCUGGUAGAUCAAGAAAAAGGAUUAGGUAUGUGGAUAAGCAAGGAAUAUGUUCAAGUGUGAAGGACGAAAAAGAAAUGGUGCCUGAAAUACAAUGCCUGCGUGGACAAGGCAGAAUUCAUAGCAAGACAAGAAUGACUAUUAAAGCGUGCCAUUUUUUGAGAAGUAUAAGAAAGGGAAAUUAUUUAUGUCACACCAAGUUCGAGGAAGCUGCUAGGAAGAAUAAACAAGCUAAUCGCCCAUCUAAAAAUCAAUUCCAGAUUGCGCAAGGAAAAAGUUGUGGCAAAAAAUCGACACCAAUAGAGGAAGCGCAUUGUUGUUUGAUAAAUCUGACAGAUUCCCAUUCUCAGUUUCUCUCUGAGGCCACUAGAGCUACUUUCCAGAAGAAAACAUGUCCUCAGUCAAAGCAUCAAAACUCUGAUGCUGUAUGUGUGGGACUAGUUGUUGAAUCUACUGAAGAUAACAUUAACUUUCAGGUUAAUGAUCGUCCACUAACAGAGACUAUGGAUGCUUCAAAUGACAGGCUAACUAGUCAAAUUUCCUCUCCACCAACAGAAGCAGCUGACCCUCAGACUCCUCAAUCCCCAUUCCAUGCACCAUCAUCUCAUCCUAACCCUUCUGGUUCUCACACCAUCCGUGACCCUGAGGUGUCAAAGCCUACAAAUUCUAUACAAGCGUUGGAAUUUCUGGAAUGUUAUCUACAUAAGCAUUCAUAUAUUAGUGACUUGGUCAAAGCGGAACAAACUCCAAUUCCUGAUUCUGAAGUAAUUUCUGAAGCCAAGGUCAAGAUCCAAAGUAUUUCAACACUUCCUCUGGAUAAAGUCAUGGAAACUGAAUGUCUGCAAAGCUUCAAAUUAUCACUGGAAACAUUGGUCAGAUCUAAUGAACAAACUGGAGUGCAGUUAGCAAACAUUGAAGAUGUCCUGAGAAAACUUGCUUUUCUGGAGUCCAAGUACCCGUCAGCUAGUGGAAUCACAACCGAAGUUAACAAAGCAUAUGUUCAGAAAUUACAGCUAGAACAUGAAGUGACAGAAUAUACUAACCAAAUUUCUGAAGCUAAAAAAGAAGAGGCAAAGUUUCUCAAUUGUGUAGAUAUACAGAAGUCGAUAGUUGAGGAACUUGAGACAAAAUUGGCUGAAGAGAAAGCUAGUUUGAUUGCAUUGGAGAAGUACCAUGCCACCUACAAAUGCAAAAUAGAUGAACUGAAUUACAAGUGUGAGCAAUCUCAGCAGAUGCUUGGUCAUCAUUGUAUCAAUGAGAGAAUUUGGGUGAACAAAGCUUUGCAAGCGAGAAGUGAUUUUAAAUCGAUUGAAGCAACUUGGGUUCAAAUUCAGCAUCUUCUUUCCUCAAUUGGUGGCAGCAAGCAGGGCAACUUCAGUAGAAGUAUGAGAAAUCCUGCAAGCAGAGUCGAUCGAUCAGGUGGGCUUGCUCUUCUGUGGGACGAUUCAAUCCGGGUUUCGGUCAGGGAUGUCAAUUAUUUCUUUAUCGAUGUUGAUGUGAUUGAUUUGGAGGAUGUGCAAUGGAGAUUUACAGGCUUUUAUGGACAUUCAGAUACGGGGCAGCGCCAACAUUCUUGGGACCUUCUACGUUCUCGGUGCAGGAGGGAUCGAGAUAGAUGGGUUGUCGCCGAAGACUCCAAUGAAAUAUUGGGAUUGGGGGAGAAGUCAGGUGGUCAGAUUCGGGAUGUGGAUCAGAUCACAGCUUUUCGUAGUUGCUUGACAGAUUUCAAUCUUGAGGAUAUGGGAGCAGUAGGAGGAUGGUUCACCUGGAGCAAUUCAAAUACAAAGGAGAGACUAGAUCAGGGAGUCUGUACUCCAGCUUGGUUAAUGAGCUUCAGUCAUUCUCGAGUUCGUGCCUUGCCCCCCAGCCGAUCAGACCAUGUUCCACUACUAUUGGAAGUGCAUAAAGAUAGGCCAGUUUGUGAUCAAGAGAAGCGUUCAUAUCGAUUCGAGGAAAUUUGGUGUUCUGAUCCAGACUUUCCUCGAAUCUUAGAACGAGCCUGGACUCCUCCACAUGCUGGGAGUCCAAUGGAGCUGAACGAUUGUUGCGUAGAAUCAAGUGUUGCAGACUAUUCAACCCUGAGUUACCAGCGAAAUGAACCUAGUUCUCACGGCCCCGUAUUCGGUAGAAGAAGUGAAGGAGGCUCUAUUCCAAAUGCACGCCUCCAAAGCUCUUGGUCCGGAUGGAAUGUCGCCAUUCUUUUUCAGAAGUAUUGGGAUCUUGUUGGUGUCGAGUUGAGUAAUGCAGUCAUCUCUUUCCUUACCACAAAAGAUAUGUCUCAUGAUCUAAAUUAUACUAAUGUAGUUCUCAUCCCUAAAGUGAAAGAGGUUCAACAUAUGACUGAGCUACGCCCCAUAGCUUUAUGUAAUGUGGUUUAUAAAAUUGCAUCAAAGCAACUCUUCCCUACUUCUAAUGUGAAUACUAGUUUGGCGCUUCCAAUUAGUUCCAGAGAGCACCAAGAUAGAUGGAUUUGGAGUGAAAAUAAAUUGGGCAAGUUCUCUGUUAAAACAUCUUAUCAUUUGGCUAGAAAACAUGUUCUUGACCAUGAGCAUGUCCCGAAUCCGAGCUCUUUACUUUGGAACAAACUUUGGAAGGUUAAGGUUCCGAGCAAAGUCAAGGUGUGUGCUUGGAAAGUUGCCUCUAAUAUUCUUCCCACAAGAAGUAGGUUCAGUGAACAGGGUGUGGAUAUUGACACCCAAUGCCCUUUUUGUGAGGAGGAGGUGGAGUCACCUAUUCAUGCACUGAGAGAUUGUUCCCAUGCAACUAAGUGCCUUCAACUAGCACAAGUUCCAUUGCUGCCGAACACUACCUUGGUGUAUGACUGGUUAGUUUCAGCUUUAUCUAUUCCUACCAUCUUUCCAAUUAUGCUUAUGAUUCUAUGGGCAAUAUGGCGUAAUAGGAAUCAAAAGAAACCCUCAGUUGGGUUUGUAAAGCUUAAUGUUGAUGCUGCCUUCGAUCCAAAUACUGGAAGGACAGGGUUAGGAGGAGUAUUUCAUGAUCAUGAAGGUCGUUGUUUGGGAGUAUUCACCAAGUUCAUUGUGUCUGCCAGUUCUCCUCAACAUAGUGAACUCCUUGCAGUUCUUGAAGGUGUUGGUUAG